CCAGGCACGCCGUCUGUGUGAAGCUCUCUUAAGCCCUGAUACUAUGUUUCUACCUUGUGCUCUCUAGGAAACAUUAGGGGCGGGGAACGAGACAUGGGGACAUUUGUGUCCUCGUCGGUGCGCUGCUGAGGAGUCAGCAAGUAAAAGUAGCAGGUGUGAAAUAUUGAUGGGGCGACAGGUGUUAUCCUAACAACCCGGCAGGUCUUUGCCUUUCUGAUCGAUGUAUCACACAGCGAGGGGCUGCCAGCACCCCCGCCACAGGCCGAACCACGGACCUCAGGACUGAGUCACCGAGCCUCACUCCUCCAGCAGGAGAAGGAGGAGGAGGUGGAGGUCAGCGGGCAGAGGGAGGUCAGGGAGACCAGCCGCUCGUCCGGGAGCUGUGGUUCAUCGUAGUCAUGGCGGCCAUCGCCCUGCUGCUGCUAGCCAUCCUGCUAGCUGUCAUACUCACUAAGGCCCUGAACAAACCCCCCUUCACCAGAGAGAGACCCCCGCUGGUGGCCCUGCCCAUGAAGAAGAGGAGAAGCCCCAUGGCUGUUUAUCCAGCCAGCAACUCUGUUUUGUUCGACACUGUGCAUGACACAACGGGCAUCUCCAACAGUGUAACACUCAAGGGCUUCACCAUGAAAACAGAGGAAGUGUUUGAAGCUAAAUGUGAGCCCAUUGAUGACGCCCCACCACCGGGGGAGCUGGGGAUCCUCAGUGUGAACGCCCUGAGGCGCAGCGUCAGCCAGAUGAUGGACGGGAAGUCCCUCACGGGAGACGACGAAGCGUGGGACCCAAACAUUUCAGGCCAUGACAGUGGGAUGUUUAUGGAUGACGAGGAAUUUGUUGACACCGUCAAAGGUUUCAGCACGGUGAGGAAGGAGCACACCAUGUUCACUGACACCAACCUGUGACCCGAGGAUGACCUUUGAACCUGACGGGACACCGGCCGUGGAUGUUGAACAUGUUGACAAGUCGGAAAUCAUGACUCAUGACAGGAUCACCGGAGUACCCGUAGCAACCAGGAGGAGAAAGGAAGUGAGGUUGUGACAUUCAAAUGUACAUUAUUUUUGAGUGGGAAGGAGGAAGUAUGAACUUAUACUUAGACUCAGAGCACACAUUGAGUAAAAGACAAACCAAAGAUACUGUAUGGUGAUACAGCAGAAAUGCAUCCAUUUCACUUUUUUUCUCUGGUAAAUUUGUAAGAGGCAUCAACACUUUGAUUAUUAUUUUACAGACAUUUAUUUUCAAUGAGCUCUCCAUGCCUGGGAACCUUUGUCAUCUUGACAUAUCUUUGGAUGCUUUUUGGUAAUGGAAUUGCUAAACCUGUUGGGAACUUGCACUCUGGUGAGUCCAACGAAACCUGAAUCAAUCCGGCGGAUGGAGUUUGCGAGUGCCAUUAACUUAUCGAGCAGUUACUGAGAGGACCAUGCACAAAACCGACUCUUUCCUCCUGUCUUUUUCUUCUCCUCACCCUCAGUACUCUGUGCAUUUUAAGACAUUUUGCCAGAAGCUGAGUGAUGAGGUUAACACAUGACAGUGACAGAAUUACAGUCUGGUUGGAUGGUGAUAUCCUACUGGGCAACUUUUACACAACUUGAUUGAUUUCAAUACUGAUAUGUACCAUUUAAUAUGAAAAUAGUAAUAAAAAAAAAUAGGGG